AUGGACUCUUCCAGUCCGGUGUUGUCUCUCCGGGCUCGACGCUCCCGUGUUCCCCUCUCGUGUGAUCCCUGCCGAGCCAGAAAGCUGAAAUGCAACCGCGAGAAACCGUGUCAGAACUGCACGGCACGGAACGAGCAGACGAACUGUCGGUUCAAGGGGCAGGCGAGCAAAAGUGCCUUGGCGGGCCAUACAAACGGCGACUUAAGGGCCCGGAUCGAGCAUCUGGAGGGUCUCGUUCGCCGACUUGCAGAGCAACAGCCUCAGAACAGUAUUACCACGCCAGAGAGCCAGGACGACAAUGAAGAGGACCAAUCGUCUCCCUCAGCAGGGAUGACUGUUGUGGAUGGCUUGCAUUCGGUGUACAGGGCUGGCGAUGAUUGGGAUGAUGUGUUACACGAGGUAUACUGUGUUUUCUCCUACGCAGUUAUUGCCCUGUCGCCCGUUGAUGGAUCGAGCCUGUUGUUUGGCCAUGUGAAGCCGGUCGAGAGGGUAGAAAUCCUAUCGUCUCUGCCUUCAAGACCAGAGCUGGAUAAGCUGAUUGCUGAAUUCUUUGCUCCCAACUUUCCCAUCACAAUCCCUCCUAUCAUUCAUGAGCCCACUUUCAUGCAGGAGUACGACCAACACUGGAAGAACCCCACCAAUACCAACUUCAUCUGGCUCGGUUUGCUAUUCUCCAUUCUCGGAAUCAUGAUGCUCUCGUACCACCAGUUUCACGAGCCAGAAGCCUACGAGGGCCGCUCAGAGCUGCUCUUCCAGCUGUACCGAAUCCGGACCGCCCAGUGUCUACUAGCAGGCGACAUGGCGAAAUGUCUCCCCUAUACGAUUGAAACGCUGCGGUUCAAUGCCACAGCCGAAUUGAAUCGGAAGGACGACAAUCGGCGCGGCCUCUGGAUCAUGACCGGGGUGAUUAUCCGCGCAGCAAUCAACAUGGGCUACCAUCGCGACGCGCAGCACUCUUCUUCGAUUUCUCCGCUUCAGGCCGAGUAUCGGCGUCGGGUCUGGCUGGCCGUCACGAGCAUGGAUAACAUGUCUUCCGUCCAGUGCGGGUUCCCCCGGUCAGCGUCGACUUUUUAUUCUGACACAAAGGAGCCGCGCAAUGUGCACGAAUGGGAGAUGUCCGAUGAGAUGACCGUUCUCCCACCGUCAAGACCACUGACAGAGCCUACGCAGGUGACUUACCUGAUCGUCAAGGGGAGACUGACCAAUGCUCUAGGUCGUAUUGCUGAUCUGAACAAUUCGCCGCGGGUUUCAUAUGAGACCGUUCUGGACAUCGACAAAACACUUCACGAAACGUAUGAGAACUUUCCGUCACAUAUGAAAGUUGAUAAGCAGCGCACCAAUUCUUCUUCCUCUAUAAGUCUGGCAUCCAUGUACCAUAAAGGAAUGUGUACGCUCCAUCGACGGUUCAUGGCCAAGAGUGGUAGACGGGGGAACGGUCAAUUUCGACUUUCCAGAAAUCGAUGCAUCGAAUCCGCCCUCGCGAUACUGGGGUACCAAGAGAUUCUCCAACCGACGUGGUACGAGUUUGCGCAGGCGAGACAGGUGUGCGUUCUUGCCGCGAUGAUCUUGUUUCUUGAAUUAGAGCUACGGAAGCGGUUCCCUGAAGAAAAGACAGAUGAUCACAACGAUGCCUUUCUCAUACAUGCCCUGGAGAAGUCGUGCUCCCUAUGGCGGGAUGCAAGUAAAUCCUGCGAUGAAGCUGGACGGGUGUAUGAUGUGCUUAUGAAUAUGAUGUCUAGUCAAACAUCAGUGGAAAUUCCAUGGUUGAACGAGAAGGAUCUCUCCAUGGAUAUUGACUGGGUACGUUCUUUUCUCCUUUUUUUCCCUUUUUUUAGAUAUUGA